AACUCGCAAGAGAAGAAAUACUGCGUUAGAGUUUUUCCCUUUUUUCUUUUCUCUUUCCUUCUUCCUUUCUUUCUUCUUAUGCAAAGUUUCAAUCGUUUCCGUUCAUCAAGGAUUCGGAGAUGUUCUCGUCUCUUUGGAAGGAAAAGAAAGAAGAUUCUUCGAGAACAAUGGAGAUGCUGUUGACGUUGGUUCUAUUCUGCAUUCUUCUUCAGCCCGCAAGGGUUUCUUCAACUUCUCAAGGCAUUGAUCAAGGUUAUAUAGAUUCAAAUACUGGAAGGAAUUGGUGUGCCUAAUAUAUAAUGUCACUAUUCAGAACUCUGCAGCAGGAACAGGAUGGUAAUCAUCAAAUACAUUGCUCUAGAGAAAGAAGCAGAGCAGCACAGAAGAUCAUUCAGGAGUAUUUGAUGCCGUUCGUGGAGAAAGAAAAAUAUCAUAUCUCAAGAAGUUGUAAGCUUCACCCCGACAAUGAUCUAUACAGAGAUCAGGAACAACAUAAAUCCCACAUUAACAUAAAUGAAUGGCAAUGUGGUUACUGCAAGAAAAUUUUCUAUGAAGAGAAAUAUCUUGACCAACAUUUUGAUAACAGACACUCCAAUUUGCUAAAUUUGAAUCAGAGCCAGUGCUUAGCAGAUCUAUGUGGCGCAUUGCACUGUGACAUUGAAAUCAAUUCUGGGUUGAAAAAAUCAAAAUGUAAUCCUGCUGCCGCUGCAAGAAAUAAACAUCUGUGCGAGAGCUUAGCAGAUAGUUGUUUUCCUGUUAAUGACGGUCCUGCAGCAAGCCGACUCCAUGAAUUCUUCUUGCACCAAUUCUGUGACGCACACAGCUGCACUGGAAGCAGGAAACCUUUCUCCAGAGGCCGCCGGAAGAAGACAAAUGCAUUUUACAUCGUUGCUUCCAUUUUGCUUUUGAUGCUGCUGCUACUUUACUAUCUCUAUAUCUACUUAUAUCAGAGAGGGAUGAAAAGGGAAACUCAACUGUUGAGGCGCAUCUCUCAAACUGGCAGAAAGAAGAAACCAUCUUAAUGGAUAGGUCUGUCUUCUUCGGAAGUUCUCGCUUCUCAAACACUUUCAGAAUGCAUAGAAGUUUACUAAUCUGUGACAACUGCACUCCGAAUUCGGCCAUAGACGAGUGCAGUUGGAGAAGAGCGAGAAAGACCGCCAAAUCUGCUCCUCGUUUUGCAUGUUUGUUGUAAGCCAAUUUCUUUAUGGAAACUUCGCAAACACACAAGAAAAAUGAAACUUGAUCAGGAUCUAUUGUUAACCUUUUCAUUGUGUA